AUGGGCGACCUUGGAGGUGGUGACUGCCGGGCGGGGGUGGCGGCGGCGGAAGCGGCGCCGGCCGGAGGCGAGGCCGACCACCUGGUGGUCAUGGUCCACGGGAUCGUCGGGAGCACGGCUGACUGGAAGUUUGGAGCUGAGCAGUUCGAUACGUUGCUACAGGACAAAGUCGUGGUUCAUUGUAGUAACCGCAACAUGCACAGACUAACUUUAGAUGGCAUUGAUGUGAUGGGAGAACGGUUGGCACAAGAGGUUAUUGAAGAAAUUAACAAAAGACCACAGAUAAAAAAGAUAUCUUUUGUUGCACAUUCUGUUGGGGGAUUGGUCGCAAGAUAUGCUAUCGGGAGACUUUAUAGACUACCUAGGCAAGCACUGGAAAAUGCUCCUCAAAGUUUGAGUGAUAACAACAGAGGUGAUAUAUAUGGGCUUGAGGCGGUCAACUUCAUAACUGUUGCAUCACCACAUCUUGGUUCUAGAGGAAACAAGCAGGUUCCUUUCCUUUUUGGAGUUACCGCUAUAGAAAAAAUUGCUUGCUGUGUCAUUCACUUCAUAUUCAGAAGGACUGGCAAGCACCUAUUUUUGACUGAUAAUGAUGAUGGAAAGCCUCCAUUGUUGCAACGUAUGGUGGAUGAUUGUGGGGACCUACAGUUCAUAUCUGCUUUGCAAACAUUCAAGCGAAGAGUUGCAUACUCCAAUGUUGGCUAUGAUCAUAUUGUUGGUUGGAGGACCUCAUCAAUCAGGGGGUGCUCCGAACUACCCAAGUGGGUUGAUUCAACAAGCAAAAUCUACCCACAUAUUGUAUAUGAGGAACUAUCAAAAGCAGAAAGUAUUGAUCAAUGUGCUGAUAUUGCUGUUGUGGGCAAGGACAACUACACUCUAGAAGAACUGCUUCUGAGAGGACUUAAGCGUGUGUCAUGGGAAAAGGUGGAUGUCAGCUUCCACAAUAGCAAAGUAAGAUCUGCGGCACACAGUGUAAUUCAGGUAAAAGAUCCUGUCAUGCAUAGUGAAGGAGCCGACGUCAUAAAGCAUAUUAUCGACCAUUUCAUUGUCUAGUGAACAGCCCUGAUCUCUGGAAACAAAGCUUGUGCCAACACACGCAAGUUGCUAACUGAAACUGAUGAGUCGCCAAGCCUGGUGAGCGCGUUUAUGGCAAUCCCAGGAAUCAAGUAUGUGUUAGAUCACAUUCAAACAGGCGAAAGUGUUUUAUAGAUCAAGUAAAUAUAUAUAGAGGCCGUUCCCUGUUGUUCACUAAUCAUAUGCGAAAGUGUUUCUCGGUGUAACCGUGAUAUCAGCCUUGUCCAUGUAAAUGUUCACCAUUGUUUUAUCAAUGCCGAUUUGUUGGUUCACGCUUUUAAGGUAAAAACAUCGAUAUGUAUAUAUGUAAGAAUUGUUUACAGGGAACGUAUUUGUUACAGGAUAAUUCGGUCCCC